CUCCCCUUAGCGGCGUUGCGACAGAGACGGAGAGCUGAAACGACAUGAAUGUGGAAAAUAAUCAUACGGCAGAAGCGGAGAGGGAGCAGACGAGAGACGGCACCGAGACGAUCACCAUCCAAACUACUUUGGGAGAUGAAGAUGAUGUGCACAAAUGCGGGCGCUGUCAAACCGAGUUUUCCACACUGGAAGCGUUUAUACAGCACAAGCUGCAGCACAGCUGCAGACGGGCGGAGGCACAAGAUCCUGCACAGAAGGUUAAUGCAGCCAGUGGAGAAAGCGCAUCCCCACAUGAACCAGCCAAGAUCACUCAUGAAAACAGUGGUAUGCUGGGUCGAGGUCGCAGGAAGAAAACCGCCUCACCUAAAGUCACAGAGCUGUCAGAGGUGACCGAAGGAUCCAUUUCUGACAAUCCUGACACUGACAAACCUGUUUACAAAGUCAACCAAGAGGGACGUUACAUCUGCGAGCUGUGUGAAAAGACAUUCAAAACAACUAACAACUUGAGGACUCACAUGAAAACUCACAGUGAUCAGAAGAACUUCUCGUGUGACUUAUGUGGAACAUCCUUUCGUACCAAAGGUUCCUUGAUUCGUCACAAUCGUCGUCACACAGAUGAGCGACCGUAUCGAUGUACCCUUUGUGGCCAGUCAUUCAGAGAAUCCGGUGCUCUCACCAGACAUCUGAAAGCUCUCACGCCCUGCACAGAAAAGAUACGCUUUGUUCAAUAUAAGGAAAUCCUGGUCAGCAAAGAUGGUGUGCAGAAAGGAAUCGAAGCUGAGCAGACUUUAGCGGCCGACCAGCAGCAGGAGGUGGUGGUUGUGGAGCAGCAGCCGCAGGAGGAGGAGAUGGUGGAGACUCAGACUGCUGUGGUCAGUGUGGUGGAAGCUGGCUCCCAAGAGGUUCUCCAUCAGGUCCACUUCACAAUGGAGGUGGAUGGAACAACACAGGAGCAGCAGGUGGUGGUGGAACAGUCUCAAGCAGAGGCUCUGGCCGCUGCUGCCGCAGCAGGAGACAACCUCAUCUGUCAGGCUAUCAUCAACUCCGGCAUCGCCCUGGGGACGGAGGAGACGGUGGUGGAGGAGUCCUCUCCGUCUCCGGAGGAGAUGAAUAAGGUCGUUUCCGACCGUCCCGAUUCGGACGAUGGCAUAAUUGAGAUCCAGGUUAAAGAAGAGUUUAUGGAAAUGGAAGAGAAAAUGGGGGGAAGUAAUAAUCGAGCAUCAGCAAAAUUGCACAAGUGUCCACACUGUAACCGCUCCUUCAAGGGCUUGAAUUAUUUCCGCUUCCAUGUCAAAGGUCAUUCAGGUUAUAAGCCGUUUAAGUGCACGCUAUGUCAAAAAGAGUUUUUGACCGGUUACUUGCUGAAGAAGCACAUGGAAGUGCACGUCAGUGAGAGGAGAUAUAAAUGCGGCGAAUGUGGGAAACUGUACAAAAGCAUCGGACACGUGCGCGAACAUAUGAGGGCCCACUCCGACGAAAGACCCUACCACUGCAGCCGGUGCAACAAAGGAUACAAGACCAAGAACGCUCUGCAAGUGCACCAGCGGACGCACGGGGAUGAGAAACCUUACGUGUGUAACUUCUGCUUGAGAGGCUUCAGAGAGAAAGGCUCCCUGGUCCGACAUAUCCGCCACCACACUGGAGAGAAACCUUUCAAAUGUAAAAAGUGCGGACGCGGGUUUGCCGAACAUGGGACGCUCAACAGGCACGUGCGCGCCAAAGGAGGCUGCCAUAAGGAUGAGUCCAUUGAGCAGCAAGAAGGUUUAACAGAAGAGCAGGCGUCGGUGGACAGCCUCGCCACGGCAGCCAUCAUCUCAGAGGAUCCUCAUGCCGUCCUGGUGGAGUUUUCAUCAGUGGUGGCAGACACACAGGAGUAUAUCAUCAAGACUCAAACAGAGGGGGAACUGCAGGAGGAGGAAGUUACACUCAUCCAGGACAGCCAAAAUGAGAUGGAAAACCACAUCAUGAAAGUGGUUCAGCAAAUCGUCAGCCAGUCUCAGGGCGCCGGCGGGACCGGCAGCCACCAGAUCAUCGUGCGGAACGUGGCCGUGAACGAGGACGGCCCGUCCGUCUCCGACUGCGGCGACACCAUCACCAUCGCCACGCCCGAGAGCCUGACGGAGCAGGUGGCCAUGACGCUGGCCUCCGCCAUCAGCGACGGCACGCUGCUGGCCACGGCGGGCGCCAUGGAGACGUCGGAGGGGACGGUCACCAUGGUUACCACGGAGGAAGCGGUGCAGGAGGGAAUACAGAUGGUGCAGCAGCAAGAGGAAUAUGUCAUCACCUCCCCUGAGGAGGUGGAGAUUCAGACUGUGGUGGUAUGAUCAAAGAGGACGCUAAAUAUUGACUGUCGCAGCUUCGGCUUCUUACCACGUCUGUGUAGCCAAUCACUGUCGAGUUACUCCGAGCUUCAUGUGCGAGUGAAUUAGUUCCAGAACUAAUGCCAAAGCGCUCAUAAGGCUUAUAAGAAUCAUAACGGUACACAACCAAAUCUGUGCGAAACACGACGUGCACAUGAGGAUGAUUUGAACUUGCUAGAAGAGUCGCUGCUCCAAGCUAAUUUCCUAACGUACAGACUGAGAAUAAUCACCAGAUCGUGUAUGGAGGAUUUCAUGCAAAUAAGCCUGAAAAAGUGCAAGUUAAGUAUUAUUGAUACCAGCUAAAUGUGUGUUUUUUUUUUUGUUUUGUUUUGUUUUUUUAAUGCUGUCAAAGUUUCCUCCCCCCGUGGUUUCCAAUGUCAGGGUUCAGCUAAUAUCUUCUUUCUUAACUUUUUACCUCAACUAUCAAAACUUCAUCCAGCACCUGCCUGUGUGAGAGACUGAAAACAACCCAGUGUUACAGUUCUGAGCUGGUCGGUCAUGAUGCGUCUGAAGGCACGGCUGGUGAACGAGGGCUCCGACUGAAAAAUGUGCUCACAUUAUCGGGGUUUGCAUCCAAUAAAUGCUAUUUUCAUACA